CCGCCGGCCACGGUCCGGCGCUGCUACGUGCGGCGUUCGGGGUCAGGCUGGUGCAGGGUUCACACUCGAGAGCCAGCAAAGAGGAACUAUCCGUGCUUCGUUUUUCCCUGGACUUUCCUUGUUCCUGCAGUUGGGGUGUAUAAGAGCUGCUCCUGCCAGCCGCCGCUGAGAUGCCGUGGGCAGCGGCACCGCAACAUCAAAGGGCUCAGGUGCCGGGUCAGGCGAUGCUGCCCUUCUGGUGUCUCGUCCUUCUUGGGGGCCUCCUGCCCCCCUCCCAGGGCCUCGUCAGCCUGGGCAGUGUCCUUGGGCUGAGUCCAGCGCAACCCAAAGACGGUCUGCUUGGUACUGGUCUUCUUGGCAGUGAAGGUCUCAUCAGCAAAAAAGGUGGAUUGCUUGACACUGGCCUUCUUGGUAAAGGUGGGCUACUUGGUACCGGCCUCCUUGGGAGAGGAAGUCUGACUGGAGAAGAAAGUGGAGGUCCCCUUGAUGCAGGAAAUGCAUCCAGCAGAUCUGGGGUCCUUGGCACAGGCCUCCUAGGAGGACAACCUGGCAGCAGUGGUCUGCUCGGCACAGGCAUCCUUGGUGGGGGAGGCCUUGGCAGUGCUCUCCUUGGCAAUGGCCUCCCCGGCAACGGCCUCCUUGGCAAUAAAAGCCUUCUUGGAGAGACAGGGCUGCUUGGCACAGGGCUGCUUGGAAAAGGAGGUCUCCUAGGCAAUGGAAGUCUGCUUGGUCUCGAUGGUCUUCUGGGUGAAGUCGAACUCCUGGGUGAUGGAGACCCUCGCAAGUCAACACGCUUCGCCUGGUUGAAGGUGCUGAACUUUGAGAACAUCCGAGUGUCGUGGAAGGUCCUUCGCGGGGGUGAGCUCGUGCUGAACCUGUACUCGAAGCUGAUGCUCCGCUUGCCAGGGAUUUUUCGCUUUCUGAGCGGAUCCUCGGUAGAAACAAACAUCACGUCACACAUCGCACUGACCCAAGACACCCCCGGUGACCUCAAGUUAGUGAUUAAGGAUUGCAGCAACCUGCUCCGCGGCUUCAAUGUCAACCUGCGGAAGGGCUUCUUCACCAAUCUGGUGAGCAGCUUGCUGAACUCUUCUCUUCAGUCUCUCGUACCUGCGCUGCUUUGCCCAUUAAUGAAUAUUUGGGUCAGCAUCAUCAAUAUUAAGCUACAAUUCCUCAACCGUGUCGUCUCCUUUGGGCUCCUGGGGAAAAUCCACUCUGCCCUCUCCGAUUUGCCGGUGAAGUCCGGGCAGUUCGUGGAGCUGGAUUUGCAGAAUUCCCCAUUCCCAAGCGCCUUCAUCAACUGGCUCCUUCAGACCAUAGGCAUCGAUCCCGGGAGCUUUCCAUAGCCGUGGGGCCAGCAGCGCUGUGGGGUGCCCCUGUGGGCGAUUCCCACCGCUCCACCCCGAGGAGGAGGAGGGAGGAAGGAAGAUGACUCAAUACACAGAGAACAGAUGUGAAAAUGAAGAAACCCAACCAAGAAAAUACACUAUUUCUUCUGCGUUACAUUUCAGCCUUAUCAGCCUUUGGUGUCUCCGUCCAGCCCAGGGUUAGCCAUGCCAAUGGUUAGCUGUGCCGAUGGUUAGCCGUGCCAAUGGUUAGCUGUGCCGAUGGUUAGCCGUGCCAAUGGUUAGCCGUGCCGAUGGUUAGCUGUGCUGAUGGUUAGCCGUGCCGAUGGUUAGCUGUGCCGAAGGUUAGCCGUGCCGAUGGUUAGCUGUGCCGAUGGCACUGCUGGCAGUGGAGCCAGAGGCAGGAGCCCUGGAUCGUGCCCACGUGCCCUCCUGGCUGUCACGGCCAUAAGCCUCUUGUUACAGCAAUCACUGACAAAGGCAUUGCCCUGACCCUCCAGUCCUUCCUCACGCACACCCGAGUUUUGCUUGGACUGGGGCUGUGGUUCGGGCCAGGUCAUUACUCGGCACAGAGGAUACUUUUCUGGUGCUGGACCAAGACAGCCCGGCUGGCGGCAGCGAUUUGGUCCCUGUGCGGCCGCCCCAUGGGAAUUUUGUGAGUUUGCACCAACCGCACCAAAUUCCCAUGAAGGGAAGAGAGAAAAGGGACAAACGCCGAUGAAGUGUAAACGCUUUGUCUUUGCUCUCCUUCUGCUUCUUGAUUAGUUUACUAUUUCAAAAGGAAAUUUUGCUGUUUCCAGUGAUUUCAUACUGUUAACAAGAAGGCAAAAAAGGCCUGCAGUCUAAUCCAGACGCGUACUUAGCUGAUUUGUUCCCAAACAGUUAUGCUUUGAACUGAUCAGAGUAAAUGCUAUCCUGUCUUGUAAUCUCCAAGUGGAUUUGGAUGUGUUGCAUUGUGGGUGAGGUGGAUUCACAUCCCUCCUGUUACUCCUUAGAAUAAAAAGGAUUUUUCUUCAUCUGCA